AUUCAAACGUACGAGCCAAAGCCUGUAGAGAGAGAAAACCGCGAUAAAAAAAUCCACAAUAAACCGAUUUCUGCAAACAAAAUGGGUCCGAUUGAGCUCCUGCACAUGUCUGUGUUCUCGCAGAGUUUCUCUCCGUGUUCUCGCUUUUUAGCAGCGGGGAAUAACUACGGAGAGAUCGCUGUGUUCAGUCUUUCAGCUGCUCUGAGUCCAGACGCCACAGACGCCAGUCAGAAACCCGUCCUCACCUUCACCGCCCAUGAAGGUCCCGUGUUCUCACUGAUCUCCACGGACACACACCUCCUCAGCUCCGGGAACGGAGAGAUCAGCGCGUGGAGCUGGGCGGAGCUCUGCAAGAAGAACACUAAAGCUGUUUGGACGAAGAGACCCGAUUACAAAACCGGUCUGGAAAUCCCCGAGAUCAACGCCAUGAUCAUCAACAGCAGAGAGAACAGCUUGGUGGUCGGUGGGGGAGACAACAACAUCCACAUCAUGGACCUGGAAACUGGAACCUUCAAGUCAGUUCUGCAGGGUCACACAGAUUAUAUUCACUGUUUAUCUCUGAGAGAGAGGGAUGGAGAGAUCCUGUCAGGAGCGGAGGAUGGAGCCGUGAGAAUGUGGGACGGGAGGACGGGCCAAAGCGUGCACUGUGUGGAGGUUUAUAAAUAUGAGGAAUGCGCUCGCCCCCAGUACGGGAAGUGGAUCAGCUGCGUGACGACGGAUUCUGAUUGGAUGCUGUGUGGUGGAGGCCCCGCCCUCUCUCUGUGGCAUCUCCGCUCCAUGUCUCCCACCUCCAUCUUCUCGCUGAGUGGAUGUCAGAGGGAAGCCGUGUUUCAUCAGGACCUGAUCUUUGCAGUAGGUGAGGGUCCACACGUGUCUCACUGUUUGCUGGGGGGAAGCGUGAAAGCUCAGAUCCCCUGCACUCCUCCGUCACUGAACACACUCGCCCUGAACCUUGGUACCACUGAACACAGGGUGAUGACCGUCGCAGGCAGCAGCAACCAGAUCGACGUUUUCACCAACUUCUCCUACAGAGCCUUCUCGCUGUCCUUCUGAACAUCACACACACUUUCAAACCAUCCUGAAAGCUUGCUCUGUCCGUAUGCGUCACUCGAACGCCAGUUCGUUUUGUAAAUUAAAGCAGCAGUGUGUAAUAUUCCGAACCCUCUUCUGCCCGUGAACCGAAUUACAGUCACAGUAAAGUCAUGGAUACGCCUUUCACCUUCUCUCUAACUGACCACACCCACUCUGCAUGCCUUUUAAGGAAAAGGUGCGAGACUGUGUGCUUUUCACUGGCUUGGGGACGGGGUUUAUUUCUGGCCUGGGGAACAUAAGAAGAUUGUAAACAGUCUGAAAUUAAGAAACUAGUCAGAUAUGUUGCAUGAAAAUAUUUCACAUGACAGGUUUUCUAUAUGAUUUUUUUUUUCUUUUUAAAGACGUGGAAACAUUUUUCAAUAUCACUAACUGCUCCUUUAAAGAGAGGACCGCGUCGGUGACAGGACGGAUGUACGUUCAAAUUGUCUUUUCAACUGCGAAAUAGAUUUCCCCCCCCCCUUAAAAGAAUUCACCUUAACCGAGAGAAUCAUCUUUCGAUUAAAGUAGAACACAACUUUUAUAACAGUAGUAAUGUAUUUUGUUUUAUUUGCAGUGUAUUUGUAUAAUAAAAUAUUUUCAUACACUUUCA